AUGGACAGCACAUCACCAGAACUCCCGCCAUACGCCAUGCCCGUCGACUUCUCCUCAAUGGCUGGCACAACCCCCUACGACAUCAUCGCCGCGCAGUUCGCCUCACGCAUCAACUCCAACGAGAACGGCUACUGCACUCCGACGUCAUUAUGGUCUAGCCCUCACAGCCCGACCUCCAGCAUCGAUCACAGCAAGGCAGAAGACUCGCACGAUGACGCACACUCCCCCACCAGCGGAUCUGAAGAGUCUUCAAAGCCCCAGAAAGGAAGACGGGGCAACAGAUAUAAGAACUGCAGCGAGUCAGUGCUAUCAAAGCGCCGCGCUCAGAACCGCGCCAACCAGCGCGCCUACCGAAAGCGCAAAGAGUCCCGUCUCGAGGAGCUCCAGGCUCAGAUCCAGGACAUGAGUCAGAAGAACGACGCGCUCUGCUGUGCUUACAGACUCCUGGCCAACGAGUGCUACAGACUCCGCGCGAGCCAGCAGAUGUCUGCUGCUGCUGUUGCGGGGCAGGCUCCGGCGUGGGACUUGAUGAGCAACGCCAAUGCCAACGACGGGGCCGGAAGCUUGGCACUGGACAUGUCUGCGCUCGACGCAUACCGCAUUGUCCCUCCUCCCGUCUCGACCUCGAGUCCCGUCCCCGAGUCAUAUCUCGACUAUCCCGGGAGCCCCGAUAAGUUGUGGAGCUCCUAUUGA